AUGAUAGCUGAUGCGGUAGUGGGGCCGGCUGCUGUUCGCCGUGUUUCCGAUACCCCUGUCAAAAUAGACAGUGCCGAUAGCGAGACGGUUCUGGUGGAGUCAGGUCCUACAGGAGUGGCGAUGCGGUUGGAUCUUCGGACGGCGCCGACGCCGGCACAACCCGGAGAGGAUGCAUACUGGAAAGAGGUCUAUUCCUGGUAUGCAGAUUUCUCGACCGCCGAUGAAGGUGGCCUCGAAGACGACCCCAUGUCAGAGUACGAGGCGGGCGAUCUGACCACAUCCUCAAGGGAUGUGCAAGAAUUGGCAGCGCCUCUCGACCUUUCUGUGAGUGCAGCGGGCCCCUCUAGAACACAAGUAGACCUCACAGCAGCAGAGGAGACUCUGAACGACAGGGAGACGACGUGGUCCUUACAACCCGUGUCCAACUUGCUCUCUCCUCCGGCAGAUUCCGGGGAGCCGGCAGUUCACGGAACUAGGGGUUCGUGCUUCUUGGGGGGAUCGAAGCACUGA